ACACUCCGCACUGAGGUCACACUCCCGCACCUGAGGUCACACUCCCGCACUCUGAGGUCACACUCCCGCACUCUGAGGUCACACUCCCCACACUCUGAGGUCACACUCCCGCACUCUGAGGUCACACUCCCGCACUCUGAGGUCACCCUCCCGCACUCUGAGGUCACACUCCCGCACCCUGAGGUCACACUCCCGCACUCUGAGGUCACACUCCCGCACUCUGAGGUCACACUCCCGCACUCUGAGGUCACACUCCCGCACCCUGAGGUCACACUCCCGCACCCUGAGGUCAUACUCCCCGCACUCUGAGGUCACACUCCCCGCACCCUGAGGUCACACUCCCGCACUCUGAGGUCACACUCCCGCA